CAGCAACCACACCCUUUCCUUAGCUCGAACGUGGUUCUAGCCCAUUGUUAGAGAACAACCCUUGGACUGCACGGAAGGAUGACUGUGCCCAAGACCGGUCGGACUACUUGUCAUUCCAAUCCGGUGUUUUGGCGUGGCUCGGCGGCUAAAACAUGGCGGAACUCAGUAGAUUUGUAGGAUCGAUAUUAUUUGCCGUGUUCCUCUGUCCUUAUGUGUCAGCCCAAACGACGUAUUCACCUCAACCUGUGCAAUAUGACAGUGCAGGCAUCAUCACGGCGUGUGUCGUCGGGGGUCUCCUCAUGCUGGCUGUGUUGAUUGCGUUGUUAGCAAGGUUAUGCAAACCCUGCGUGUCUAAAGAAAAGAAACAUCAGUACGACGUGAGGAACCAGUGGGACCAGGAGGGUGCGCCUCCCGAGCCGGGGUACCACGUGAACCGCGGCUACGAGCCGAACAUCCCCAACGGCACGGACAUCCCGGUCCCGCAGGCUGACUACGACAGGUCCAUCCCACGUGCGCACGUGCAGGCACCUAAUUACCAGACCACCAUUCCUCGCCAGGACAUGUACAACGGCUACGUCCCCGAGCCUAGCCACGCCCCCAUGGGAGCCCAGCCCAUGAUUGACAUCCCGGCGAUUGAGACGGAAGACCCCCGGGCCCGCUACACGCCCGACCCCAUGGACCUGUACCGGUACGACCAGCCCCACCUCGGCCCUGACGUGAACGAGUCGGACGGCUGGGUUACCUACCAGUUCAACAAGAGACGUUAGAGAACAGGCAGAACAUCGCCGACUGGCGUUAAAUCAAGGAAAAGCAGAGUUAGGUUGUAUCUGUUAAAGUACUAGAUUUUGUUUGAAAGUUGUAGCUGAAGGUUUUCGUCUUGCCCAAAGGGCUUGUUUAGAAGGGUGCAUUCUAGAUUCAAUAAUUUUUUAGUUAAGAUUUUCAAGAAAUCUACAUUAUUCGAGCGAGCAGAUUGAUGCACAUAUCUUAAUUAAGUAAGCGUAUGUACAUGUAUCGUGUAUCGUCUACAAUAGAUUGUAACAUUAAAUAUCAUAGAUAACAUACUGUGACAGAGAAGAAAUGAGUAACGCGUUCUGUUAUUUCCUAGGAUACUAGAUCUUUUAUAAUUCUUAUGUAAGAACUUUUCACUUCUGUUCGAUGUCUACAAACUGGUUAUUAUGGGUCAUAUAAAAAAUCGAAAGCAAAAGUUAGUUUUAGCGAUGAACUACAAGUACAUGUAUUCAAACAUUGUAUAUUUGUAAAUAGAGGCGUGAUUAACAUUUCUUCAUUUGCGGUAUAUUGAUAUGUAUAUUAACCAAUAUACCAAUUAGACACUGUAUCUGCUAUUCGUCUGUUGCAAUGAUUGAAAAGUUCAAUUUGACAAAUGGUACAAAAUAAACUGAGCUUGGAUAAAGGCAA